GGCCUGGGAGUGUGGGGAGUGUUCCGGCUGCUCAUUAUGUCUGGGCGGGGAGCCUUGGGGCUCACUGUACGGCUUUCGAGAUGCUGAGGACUCAGGUUUUAGAGACCAAGUGAGUUUCUCGAGAGGGCUGAGGUGAGACCCGGCCCUGGAUGGGGCAAAAGGCUGGCUCACCGCCGGAGGGUGGGAGGCUUGGUGACUUCAGCGUGUCCUCCCCUCCCCACAGGACAGGUUGCAUGGAGUUGGUGUCAAUGGAGGAGCAGGACGCCAGGGUCCCGGCCCUGGAAUCAUUCAGGGUGGAGCAGGCACCGCCUGUAAUCUACUAUGUCCCUGACUUCAUCUCCAAGGAAGAGGAGGAGUAUUUGCUUCGCCAGGUCUCCAAUGCCCCCAAACCAAAGUGGACCCAGCUCUCUGGAAGGAAGUUACAGAACUGGGGUGGGCUCCCCCAUCCCCGGGGGAUGAUCCCUGAGCGACUGCCCCUGUGGCUCCAGCGCUAUGUGGACAAAGUGUCUGACCUCAGCCUUUUUGGGGGUCUCCCAGCCAACCAUGUCCUGGUGAACCAGUAUCUGCCUGGGGAGGGCAUCAUGCCCCACGAGGACGGGCCGCUGUACUACCCGACCAUCAGCACCAUCAGCCUGGGCUCCCACACCGUGCUGGACCUCUAUGAGCCGUGGCAGCCGGACAGAGAUGGCGUGCCAGAGCAGCCGCGGCCCCCGCCCAGGCCCACCACCUCGCUGCUGCUGGAACCGUGCAGCCUGCUGGUGCUCCGUGGCGCCGCCUACACCCGCCUCCUCCACGGCAUCGCGGCCACCCGCGUAGACGCGCUUGAUGCCACCUCCUUGCCGCCCAAUGCGACCGCCUGCCCGUCGGCGCGGCCCGGAGCCCGCCUGGCCCGCGGCACCCGCGUCUCGCUGACCAUCCGCCGCGUGCCCCGGGUACUGCGCGCCGGUCCCCUCUUCAGCAAGUGA